UUUCUGUAUCCACUUUCCUCCUUUGCUGUGUUUUUUUAGCCUUUGUAGUUGAUUAGGGUUUUUUAAUUCAACUCGGGAUUGAUCAAAUUUUCAGCCAUUACUAAAUGACUAGCUCUAUUUUAGCUUAAUUAAGAUUCUCAUUUCUAUGAUUGUUUGGCGCUAUAGUUUAAUAUUUCUUCCCUCUCAUGCCGAUCCAUGAAAGUAAACCGAAUCUAAAAGAAACAAGCACUCCUCAACUAUGCUUGGCUGCAAGAACUCUAUUCAGCAAACUUACUAUGACAUUCUUUCCAUACAAGAAAACGCAAGCUACGAAGAAAUCCGCACAAGCUACAGAUCUGCGAUCCUCAAUUAUCAUCCAGACAAACUACAACAGAAUACACAUCAAACAUCUAAUCCCCAUUAUGAGUUAGAAGCAAGAUUCUUAAAUGUUCAGAAAGCUUGGGACAUCCUCGGAAAUGAAAGAUCACGCAGAGUCUAUGAUAGCGAGCUACGAGCAUUGAGAAAUGACUCAGGAGUUGCUGAAGAUCUCGGUUUAGACGAUAUGAUGAUGGAAGAUAGUGGAGAAGUGUUGGAUCUCUUUUACCAGUGCCGGUGCGGCGAUUAUUUUUCAAUUGAUUCUUUAGAGUUGGGUAAAAUGGGGUUUAAAUUGUUGAGAGAUGAAAAAAAGAUAUCAUUUGAAGCAACAGAUGCUUUAUCUGUGCCUGCAUCAAUUGUUCUUUCCUGUGGUUCUUGUUCUUUACAAAUUCGUCUAUUAAUUAAUCCCAACAUUAAGGUUUCAAUUGAUGAUUCUCUGUAACUUUUGGUACAAUAAAUUUGUUUUUUGUGUUAUUGUUUGCCUGGUUUAUUUAUUGCUUAUUUUAUUUUUUGUUCUGUUCUAUUUGACAUUGCAAAGAAUGAAUGAACUUUGCUAAAGAACACAUUAACAUUCGUAGAAUAACUUUGGCGGGCUGGGCUUACUAUUAAACAAGAAAAGGCCUUGUUUCUGGAUUUGAUUUAACUACUAUUUAACAGAACUGAGGAACUUGAAAUAACAGUUGUGCUACGAAAUCAAGAACUGCAAUUCGAGAGUUGGUUAUGAAAUGAAUUUUAGAGUGGAAUUGAAUUAAACAAAGGGUUAAGGUCUAUGUACAUCAGCAAUCCCCAACUUGUGAAGAAGAUGAGCUCUAAGGGACGAAGUACUCCAUGGACUGUGUUUGAUAGAAUUAAAACUAUUCCAUCAACUCCAGAAACUCUAAUGGCAGAGAUUGACAUAGCCAUUACUGAUCUGGAAUACGCUCGUGCCACUGCAUUCCUUGACCCUCAUUCUCCGACCCAGUUUAGGACUAAGAGUCCUAAUGGAAGUGCUUCUCCUCAAUAUGACGCCCGAAUUGCUGACGAGGCUUAUAGAGCUGGAUGUGCAUCGUUAGCUGCAGGGAAGCUCGACGAAGCUCUUCAGUCUUUGAACAUUUCCCUUUCAAAAUGUCCUCCUGAUAAGACCUCCGCUGUCACCAAACUUCAGUCUCUCAUUUCUCUUACAGCAGAACAACUCCAGAAAUAAUAGUGUUUCUGCUGUGUCUCGUAAUGCUCGGGUAGGGAUCAACAUCAAGGGGUGAGUAGGAAAAUAAUUGGGUGGAUAUUUCCGUGAAAUGCCGUAAGGAGUCAAAAGGGGAAAGUAGAGGGUGAAACAAUACUUUCAGAAGUUAUUGAUGCAGACUGUGACAUGGUUUGCUCACUUACUUUUAGCUUGGUGGUUUUUGCAUCAGGAUCAGAUAGUAAAUUGGCUGGGAAAUUGUUCCAAAUAUGGGAAGCAAUUGAAGUACAGAGUCAUUAAGAUGUAUAAAUUUGUAAGAUGACCAUGACAGUUGUGGACACUACAUCUGAUAUUAUCGUUUGUUGAAACAUACCAACUUCUGUAACUGUUUGUUUUAAUGUUUUUA